GUUUGUUCUUCAAGUGAUAAGAAUAAUUCUGAUAAUAUUUUAUUGUUUUUGUUUUUAAGUUACGUUUAAGUAUUUUGUGAAUAAAAACUUCCAUUCCUCAAAAUGGCCUCUUCAUUAAAUUCAGUUGAUCCAGAUCCUAUAUCUUUGUGUAAACUUUGCUUAAUGAAAAAAGCUAAGUAUGUUUGCCCUCGAUGUGGAACACCCUAUUGCUCUGUAAACUGUUACAAGUCUGAAGAUCAUCUUGACUGUUCUGAAGCGUUUUACCAGGAAUGGAUUGAAGGAGAACUGAAAGGUAAUAAAGUCUCUCUUGAUGGGAAAAAAAAGAUGAUGGAAAUCUUGAACCGAAUAUCUAAUGAAGAUGUUACUUUUGAUGAAGAAUUAGAUUCUGAUGAUGAAGAGUCAUUACCAGAUUUGUCAGAACGUUUAGCUGGAAUUGAUAUCAAUGAUUCUGAUAAGGUUUGGGGAAAGUUAUCAGUUUCUGAACAGGCUGCAUUUAAAGAACUCGUUAAAACUGGUGACAUUUCUUCAUUAAUACCUGCUUGGGAACCUUGGUGGCUACAAAGAAUCAAUAAACCAAAGUUAGUUGAACUGGAUAAAGAUUUUUUUUCUGAAGCUGAACUUAAAGAUAUCAAGAAUAAAUGCCCUCUCCAUUAUAAAAAAAUUAAACUAUUAUCAGAAAUUACAAAAAUAAAGCCAUCUCAUUGUGUGUCUUUUGAUCUUAUUAAUAUAUUGGGUAGUUACUCUCUAACGGUUAGGUAUUAUAAUGGCAAUCAUUUUGAUUUUCCUGAGGAGGCAGCAGCAAUAAUGCAUAAGUUAUCUAAAAGUUUAACAUAUCCACAGAAAUUUGUUAGUGCUGAAAUAGCCCUAGAUGCUGUGGGGCUGGAGGCCCUUACAUAUAACGGUAUUGAAGUAAAUGAAGAUGACGUAAAAUUAAUGAAAACCGAUGUUAAAAGAAUAAUGGGUGGGCCUUCAAGUAAUAAUUCUACUUAUUAUAUGCUAUCAUCAUUGUCAGACAUGUGUAAGCUAUUUUCAAAUAUUACCUGUAGUGAAUCACAAGCAGCUAAAGGAAAGUUUAGUACGAUAUUUUUUAAUCCAGAUCCUGAUAUAGACUUACUUAAGAAAAAUGAUUGUAAAAUUGUGUUGCAGAGGUUAAAGUAUUUCCUUUCCUGGGUAUUGGAAUAUGGAAAUUCAAGUUAAAAAUUUUAAUAUUUACUAAUGAUAAUCAUUUUUGAAAAUAUGUAAUACUUGUGUUAACUUCGGUUGGUUUAAAACAUCAUCUGUGUAUUACUAUCCAUAUUUUGUCUGUACGGUGCCUUUAUAAUUUUUAAUAUCUAUUUAAAAUUUUCAUAGUGCAUUAAAACAAUAUCUG